AUGAGCGCUUUUCGUAUUUUAAACAUUGCAAAGUCACAAAGAUUGCCGUCAACUGCUGCUUUAACUCAAGCCUAUCAAUGUACAUCGCACAUUGGAGAGAUCAAUCAAGUACGCUUUCUAACUGUUAUUGGACUAAAUACCAAGACAAAACCCAUUCACAGUCCUAACACCAAUGCAUUCUUCUUGGAUGCUAGUCCAAUUCUGGCUGUAACCUUGCCUAGACAAUAUUACAGCACAGAAAGCAAACCUGCUAGUCAAGAAAAACCAACUGAUACGAAUAAGCCGACAGAACCUAAAAAGAAAGGUUUUUUUGGUGCUGCCAAGUCGAUGGUGAAAGACGUUUUAAUACCAGGCUGUAAAGAAUUGUGGUAUGAUUAUAAAGCUUCCAGAGCUAAUAAGAAGAAAUUAAAAGCCAAUAACUAUGAUUAUACCAAAUUGACGAGAGCUGAGUAUUACAAAAUCGUACAGACUAGCCGAGAUCUUCGCAAAGCCUUCCCACUAGUAUUUAUCUUUAUGUUACCUGCAAGUGGAGCUUACCUUGCACCAUUAUUCAUCAUUAUAAGUCCCAGGCUUGCUCUAUCGCCGCAAUUCUACAAUGAAAGGCAGAGAGUCGACUUUCCUCAAUUGGAUAUAAAGUCCAGACGUAAAGGCUAUCCAGAAACUUUAGAAAAUCUAUCAGAAAUUGGAGAAAAGAUCAGUUCUAAUCGUUUGACUACCAUCUGCAAAAAGAUCUUAGAAAAACAUGAUCCGACAAAUGAAGAAAUCGAAGAGAUAGCUCAGUCAUUCAAAGAUUCAUCAUUAAGCCUUUCCAAGCUACCUUAUAAACAUUUAUCGGUAUUGAGCCAAUCCUGGUUCCUUUUACAAUAUUUACCUACUGGGCUUCUUGCCUGGCGCUUAAAGGGUUUACUAAAAGAAAUUAAAUUGGAUGAUCAAGCCUUAUCUAGAGAGAACGUUACCGAUCUUUCACAUAAAGAACUGGAAAAGGCAUGUUUUGAUAGAGGCCUAAAUGCAGCGAAUUUAACAGAUGAUGAAAUGCGUAAUUGGCUUCGCGAUUGGGUUAAUUUAUCAGUUUCUCACACAGGUGAAGAUUUAUCCUUCCUGGCUCAUUUAGUAGCUUUCAAAUCUACUAAUUAUGGAAAAACAGAAUAG